AUGGUAUGCUACCGGUAUUUAUUUUUAAAAUGCUUGUAAAUUUUAGAUCUUACAUCCGUGGCCCCGUGGGAUGCAAGAUCUGACUGUAGGAUCGACAAACUGAACGGUUUUAAGACUUUUAAGUUUUUACUCCAAAAAGGAACAUUUCUAAUAUAGUUUUAGCUAUUAAUCAUCAUUAGGACCAUUCACAAAAUAUGUGAUGCUUGUGGGGGUAGGGGAUGUUUGAUCAGGAGUCUUAUACUGUAGUACGGAGGCACAGAAUAAAGAUCAGUACCAGAAGGGCCACUCAGCGGUGCAACGUGUCCCCAUUUUUCUAUGCAAAAACAUGCAAUUGACUGGCUAGGAAGAUGGCGGCCAGCCAAUACAGCGCGUUUAUUGGCCAGAAAAUCUAAUCGACUGGCUAGGAAGAUGGCGGCCAGGGUGACAGAAACUUCAAAGCUUCCGACGUAAGUGGCCCUUCUGUGUGCCUUAUUCUGUGACGGAGGGGUGUCACAAGCAGUAACACAUGAGGGCGUAAUAGGGGAAGAUUUAUCCCUGUCUAUAACAAAACUCUUAGACUGUGCUUGCAAAUAUGUGUCCCUUAGAUGACAAAAUUAAUGUGCUAUUCCAUUUAAUAUCCGUACCCCCCCUGUCAAGGAUACAUGUUUUUCAUAGUUAUACCCUGAAGAAUUCCAAGCUCAAGACCUUUUAUCCCUGAAGAAUUCCAGGUAUCUUUGAGGAGGGGGGUGGUAUGGAUAUUAAGUGGAAUAGCCCAAUCAAUGUUUUCUAUCAAAAUACUCCUCCUGACAUUGCCAUGGAAUAUGGCACUCCCAUUUAUUCAACCGUGAGAACCUGAGUGGGCCCAUGGGAAUAAGCUAGCCUAUAUUUGCAAGUGCAGACAAACUAUAAUUAUGCCUUCAAGGCAAUAUUUAACUGAACAUAAUUAUAUUAUAUCCAGAAGUGUGAAUCUAUAAUCUUGAAUUUCUUUAUAUUAUAAUUUCUUUAUAUUAUAAUAGGGGGGAAGGGUGUAGUUUUACAUCCAUUCAUUUCCGAUGAAUUGAUAAAAUUGGGUUCAUACUCUUAAAAAUUUAUUUAUUAAUAUUAAGACCUAUAGAUUUUUCUCCAAGUACCUCCACAAUGCAGGAAUUGCCAUUUCGUGGACCUAAAAUUUAUCUGGGGAAGCAUGCAUGCCCCCUAAGGCUCAAUUACCAGCUGACAUUAGGGGAAGCGCCUCAUGGGAGGCCACAGCUGGUAAUCAAGCCUAUUAAGCAUGGCGCUCCUCGGACCCCCUAGCAUUGUGAUGCGCCACAAAUGAUUACAUUUCCAGGUGUCCUAAAUUAGAAUUCUGGUGAUGCCAUACUGAUUAUUUAACUGCCAUAUAGUAUAUUAACCACUACAAAUUUUUCAGUUUUGAUGACAACCUGAUCACUCUCAUGCUAAGAGUUAUAUAUACAACUAAUAUUAUAAUGAAUGAAAGCGACAAUUUCAAGCCUGUUUCAAACAUUGAGCUUCUCAUGGACCAUAUAGUAUACGCAUUUAGUGACCAAUUUGACAUUUGUUUCAUUGCUAAUAAUUUUUAAAUUUAUUCAAUUAAAUUAGCAUGAACAAGAUAUUUCAGAAUUUAAAUUGAAGGUACGUAUAAAUUAAUUGCCACAAAUAAUGGCACAAUAUAUGAGCUAUUCCAAUUUUAAUUCAUAUUCCCCCCCCCCCCCCAUUGAGGAAUGUUGGAAUUGCAAAAAGGGAGCGGGCCGGGCUUAAAAUCCUUUUGGAAUUUCUAUUAUUGGGCAGUCAGGCCUCCAUGCAGUCUUAGAAAAAGUUUGAGUUUUGUGACAUUAAUAGUUUGAAGUAGCACUUAUAACACUGCAUGCCAACAUUUAGUAAUUGGCUAAUCGCCAUUGACGACCAUGCGCACCUGCCUAAUUAAGAUAUUAUAAUAGAGGGUCUGAUCGACAUAUGAAUUUCCACAAAGAAAUUAGCUACAUUUCAUCAGAAUUUUCAUAAUAAUGCAGGAAUUUCCAUAGACUGCAAGCGGCCCCUCCUUUGCACGGGUUUAGCUAAUUCCCAGGCAUGCAACCCGGCUGCAGGCGGAAAGGAGGGACUGCCGACAAUUACAUCAAGAAACAAAAUACGCCCACUUUUUGCUCUUGUCAAGUAAUUGCUCCGCCUUUGCAUAAACAUUACUUAUAUAUCCAAUUAAAUAUAUCCAAUUAAAUAUAUCCAAUUAAAUAUAUCCAAUUAAAUCCAUCUAUAUAGGUUCAAUAGCAACCAUUCAUUUAAGCCUGUCAUGUUUAUUUAUAAAAUCAACAUUCAGUCUGGAAAUUAAUUAUAGCAUAGUUACUACAUAUCAGAUUUGAUUGACAGGGGGGUGUGCUGGGAUCAGGCUCGUUGUGUGGGCAACACAUAUUUCAUUUGUUGAUGUGUUGUCGGCAGCCCCCCUUUCUCCUGAGGGACUGCUGAUGCUCACGAUCUAGAAUUUCCAAGAAAAGAGAUAUUUUAUUUUAUUCCUUUGGUAUAAUUCCUUGGGAAGUGAUAUGCAAAAGAAAGGGUUUCUUAACAUAUAGGGUGUGGAUUAAAUUGGAAUAUUUCAUUAAAUUAAUUUCCAUAGAAAAAGUAAGAAAGUAAAAAUGAAGUAAAUAGUAAAAUUAACUUAUAUUGGAAGUGUGCCUUAUACUUAUAGGUUAAAUUCUCAGAAUCCAACUGUAUUUCAGUAUAAUUCAGAAAAAUUUUUCUGAAUUAUACCUGAAAUAGAGUUGGAUAUAAGUUGCCAAAUUAUGUGAUAAAAGGACUGGGUCAGGAACCUGCGUCACCUGAAUACUUCAUCUAAACCUUAAGACCUGAGUGCCUGCAAUUGGGACAAUAAUGAAAUUCGCUUCGGAACACUGCUUGGGAAACGUCUGACUUUUCAAAGUCAAAAUAUCGAUCCUUCAAACAUAUUCAUUAAUGAAUUUUCUUUUCUAUAUUUAUAAUCCUUUAAGCUGCAAUGUAUGUGCCCAAUUUAUUUUUUACACUGUCUAUGUAUAUAAUGCCAGAUUAUUUUAUGUGCACUUUAAUGGGUUAGUUAUUAACCCAUUAAGUGGAGAGUGAUGGUGCUCAUAUAGGGUUAACAAAGCCCACAAACUAGUAUGUACGCAUGUAUAUUGUUUCGAUCAUGGUAACUAUAUAUAUUUUCUACAUCUUUAUAAAGCGAAGUAAAAAUCCUUGGCAGCGACCAAAAGAGAAAGAAAAAAAGUUGUCAAAGGAAGAAAGGAAGACUGCUGUAUGUUAAUUCUCAAUUUUUGCUAUAUUAUGUUCUGUGAUAAAAAAAGGUUUACAGAUGAAUGGUCGAAAUAACAAAGUCAAGUUAUAAGUCGCAGUGACAAACGUUAUAAGUCGAAAUGACAAGUUAUAAGUCAAAAUGACAAGUUAUAAGAGACUGGUCAUAAAGUAACUGCUAGGGUGGGCUGGAGGUAAAUCACAAAUUUUGCCAAUAAGUUUGGUGACCCAUCUUAGGAUGUAGAUAAAAAUUUCAAAGCCCAUCUAAUCUUACCAAAUUUAUUUCAUGACCCACCCACCCAAUCUAAAUUGGGAAAAUACAAUUUUAUAAUAAAAAAAAAACUUGCAAGUAUGAACAUUGUAAAUAUACACCGGCACUGUAUUGACAUAUACAAUUCCACCAAGCUUGACCAACACAUUCACUACCAAUUAGGAUACUGAGCUGCUCUCCAGCUGGUUGUAUUUGCUGUGAUUCGACCACUUCUUGUUGUUGUAUAAAACAAAGUACUGGCUUCAAUAGCAUCAUUUGCAUUUGAUAAUUUGGAUAGUUUUGUUAUGUAAUAUAUAAUUAACAUGGGUUUUUGUUUGGUGGCCCAACCGUGGACAUACCAAAAAAAUUGACGGCCUAUCGAAUUACUGCCGAAAGAUUUUCCAUGGCCCAUCCCAAAUCACUCCAGCCCACCCUAGCAGUUACUUUAUGACCGGUCCCUAAGUCAUAAUUAAUGACAAGUUAUAAGUCAUAAUGACAAGUAUACGUUGUAAUGGCAAGUUAUAAAUCAAAAUGACAAGUAAUAAGUCGUAAUGACAAGUUUUUAGGUCGAUCGAAAUGAGUACGUGAUCGAUCUAAUUAUAAGACACAAUGAUUGUAGAAUUUUGACAAUAUUUUACUACAAAUUGAAUACCUAGGAAUUAUACCGCAAUGUCGUGGCUAUAUUGAAUAAAAUAACUCCGCAAAAGUUCAAGAUUUUGGUAAAACAGUUCAUGGGACUAAACAUCGAUACAUCUGAACGUCUUGAGGGAGCGGUUGACAGAAUAGUCGAGAAGGUAUUGUCCUUGCCGAAUUUCUAGGAAGAACAGGUUGGAAAUGAUGAACUGUUGACGUAAUAUAUUAUAAUUUAGGUUUCCGAAACUAAUAAUUUCCAUUUACAAAACCUUUCUACUAUUCUUCAAUCGAGUGAGAUAUGCCAGCAAGUCAAUACAACAUGGCAGUACCCUAGUAUAUACAUGAACUUUUGCUCGACAACUUAACCCUGUCGAUUCUUAUAGUUGCAUUUUUCGCAGCUGUCCAGGGUGUCCACGGGCCUUGAAAAUCCUGGAAAGUCCAGAAAAUAAAAAUUCCAGGACUGGAAAGUCCUUGAAAAUCAGUAGAAGUCCUUGAAAGUUUUCAAGUCUCCAGCUGUGCCAACAUUAGUGGUUUUGAUUAAAAUUACUGAAUAAAGUGAAUUAUUUGCUGGUUAAAGUCUAAACUCCGUGCCAUUUUCAAAGAUUUUUCCCAGUUCUAGGUCCUUGAAUUUACUGAAAAAGGGCCUUGAAAGUCCUGGAAAAGUCCUUGAAUUUCAUCUUCACCAAAGGGUGGACACCCUAUAGGCUAGCUGUCCUUAAAUUUGCACUCAAUAAUUCCCAUCUGCAAAUUUAAACCGUUCUACUAUUGUUCAAUCGAGUGAGGAUGGCAACAAAAUCUUGAUAUUUACCCAUAGCUUAAUUAACAUGCAUGGCAGUACUCUAGUAUGUAUACAUGAACUUGUGGUUAGAGCUCGAUAACUGGACGCUGUAGCUCAGUUGGUUAGAGCGCUGCACCGGAAUCGCUGGGCCACAGGUUUUCUUGGUCAGUUAUAAUAAAUGUAUAGGAAUUUACACUCGAUAACGAUUUCUGUCUACAAAACUGUUCUACAGUUAUUCAAUCAAAAUUGAGAUGCCAACAACAUCUUUUAUAGUUUAGGUUUCCUAUACUGUUGUAUAUAACACUACGUACCAACUCUCAGGUAUAAGGGAGCAACCUUUUAGCUAGAACUGAUUGAGUUAUAUCUUGUAUACUAAAGAUAGUUUAUAGUUUCCAUUCGUGGUAACAUUGGGACAAAAAGGGAUGACCCUUAAUGGGCCUUUAGGAAGAACAGUUUAGACUGAUAGAACUAUCAACUACUGCCGAUAAAGUUAGUUCUCUAAAGAUGUUAAUUCUCGUUUAAGUUUUCUUGUUGUUAAACUGCAUGCAAUGUUUUUUUUUUCAGGCUAUCUGUGAACCAAUGUACAGUGUUGCUUAUGCAAACCUGUCUCGAUGUCUCUUUUCGGUAAUGCUUUAAUCAAACGAAUUAACCAGUAACAUAUUAAAAACUACAGAUUAUGUCUACUAUAAGUCAUGGCAACUACAUCAAUGCUAAUGAGAUUUGGAUAUAAGGAUUGAAAUGCUUUGCCAGAUCAUAAUUCAGUGUUGUGUUUUCCACAAUUUAGCACAAAGCAAAACAAGUAUAAAUAAUGUUGAUUUUUGUGUGCUAGAUAAAGGUUGCUGAUGCCGAAGGAAAUGACGUAUCGUUCCGUAAGUUGUUCAUGAAUCGAUGUCAGAAGGAAUUCGAAAGAGAAAAAGAGGAUGAAAAAGCGUUUGCAGAGAAAAUUAAACAACUCGAAGGGUUAUCGGUAGGAAUGAAUUUGUUUUGCUUCAGCAUUAUAUAAGUUUGAUAGAACGAUUAUAUACGCCCGUCAGUUCAUAUUCAAGUAACGCCUAAGGCCUGUUUUAUACCACGAAUUUCGGUCGCGUCAAAUGCAAUUCAAACUACACCUAUAUAUUGUCUUAAUUGGAUUCGACGCGACCAAAAUUCGACGUCUAAAACAGGCCUAACGGUCACAAAUAACAGAUUGCUUCGAAACAAAACAUGGCGGCCAUGCUAUACAUAAAGUAAAAGUUGAGUUUGGGUGGAAAAUAUGGCUUUUAUCUCUUUCUUAUUUUUCACUCUGCUCGGUUUCCUUUGUUCUUAUCGGGGAAUAUAUUCAAUAUUCCCCUCUAAUCAAUUUCCGUUUAAUAAUCCCCUCUAAUAUUCACCUGCAAUUAAUAAUCCCCUCUAAUAUUCACCUGCAAUGUCUUUGCAGCACAAAAAAUGAGAAAAAAACAACAUAACGAAGGCAAUAUGGCAUUAAGAAUUAUUUCUAUUCUGUCUCAUUAACGCGACCUCGCAAUGUGAAAAAUAAGUACGUUAUUUUGAGGCACCUUGGGGAUAUGUGUUUAUUCACCUCGGCGCUGCGCGCCUCGGUGAAUAAAUCACAUAUCCCCUCGUUGCCUCAAAAUAACCUAUACUUAUUUUUCACCCUGCUCGGUUUCUUUUGUUCUUGUCGGGGAAUAUAUUCAAUAUUCCCCUGUAAUCAAUUUCCGUUUAAUAAUCCCCUCUAAUAUUCACCUGCAAUUAAUAAUCCCCUCUAAUAUUCACCUGCAAUGUCUUUGCAGCACAAAAAAAUGAGAAAAAACAACAUCGCGAAGGCAAUAUGGCAUUUAUCACUUAUUUACUGAUACCGAGGGAAACAGUGUGUUUUGUGGACCCGAGACCGUCGAUGUUUCCCGAGACCGUCGAUGUUUCCCGAGGCGAAGCCGAGGGAAACAUCGACGGUCGAGGGUCCACAAAACACACUGCUUUCCCGAGGUCUCAGUAAAUAAGUGUUUUAUUAUAUAUCAAUAGUCAAAGAAACAACAAAUUAAAGAACAAAUGGACGUAAAUACAUGAAAUAUUUUAUUGUUAAAACGUUAUAUUAAACACUGGCUACACUGCAGUUACUUAAAGCAAAAGUUUUAAUUACGUACUAGGCAUGUCCAAAGGUCGCAUCUUCACGUGAUGGCGCACGUGAUUUUUUUUGUUAUUCGCCGGUGGAUAACGUAUUAUCUCCCUCUCGCGCUGUUGCGAGGGAGACAGCCCAAUUUCGUCACUCUCAUGUGAUAUGCUCUCAACCAAUAAAACACUAGAAAAAUGCGACUUUGACUAUUGAUAUAUAAUAAUAAGAAUUAUUUCUUUUCUGACUCAUUAACGCGACCUCGCAGUGUGAAAAAUCGGGGAUAUGUGUUUAUUCACCUCGGCGCUGCGCGCCUCGGUGAAUAAAUCACAUAUCCCCUCGUUGCCUCAAAAUAACCUAUACUUAAAGUAAAAAAGACUUUAACAAAACUUACAUACAGGGUGUAUAAAAAACAACUCAGUGAACAGAUUUGAAAUUGCUCUCAAUUUCGCAAAGCAGCUACUAGUAUCCAGUUUUUUAUAUAUAUGGCUUCUUUAGGCACUUAUAAUGUAGAAUAAUGAAAAAAAUUUUGCGAACACAAAUUUUGUAAACCAGGGGGGUGCGUCUUUUCCGACAAACUAAAAAUGACUUGCGCACGCGAUUUAAAAGCUAUAUAAUCGUAUUUUGAGUUAAUGGAUGAAAAAUGUGUUGGGUGUUUAAUUGCUGCACGAAAUUUCAGACAAUUUGCUUCAGUUUACGCCCUUCAACUAUCCAUGCAAACUUACAUUUUUUCUAAAAAAUCAGCAAUUUGCAUGCUUAAUUAAUGCAUUUGCCCCCUGAUAUAACGUUACGCCACUGUCCUGGGCUAGGGUACAUUUUGAUUUACGUUGGACAAAGCUAUACAGUUCGGUCGGACACCAAUAUACUCGGGUCGCGGACAAACAAUAAACCUCAGUUUCGCUUUGAUCGGACAGAAUGUCCGGUGGUUUCCUUUCUACGUCGGACAAUUUCACGAAUGGGUCGGACAAUGUCCGUGACCGACCGAUAUUUUAAGGCCUGUAAGACUUCUAUAUUGAUUCUCUUUGUAUAGGUCCAUGCGUUUUGUUUAAUUUAAGAAACUUUUACCUCACUAUUAUAAAUUUAAGUUAGCAUCGAGUGGUCUUCGUUUUUCACAGGAGGAAGAGAAAAAGGCAAAGAAAGAGAAAAUGGACGAAGCUAUAGCGAAGAACAAAAAGCGGAUGUUGGCAAAUAUUAGGUUUAUUGGAGAAUUAUUUAAACUGAGGGUGUGUUAAUUUGUUUGUGAGUCAUUAAUGAUUGAAGCACAAAGAAUGGAAAAAGCGAUUUCGACCGGAAUUUUUAAUCGGCCGUAUUUUGUCAUUUUUGCUUGGAAUGAUGCAAAAAAGUGCCAUUUAAAAGCUAAAACUCUAAUCUUUAUAAAGAAGAGAAUCUUUUGUAUGGUACCUAACACGCGGCUCAAGACUAAUGAAUAUACUUUUUUACUUGGUUGUGUCUAUAUUCAAAUUCGUAAAGUUCUGCACGUUUCUCAAGCGGCAAGGAAACUUAACGUUAAAGUAUGCUUAGUGCUUUAUUUGUAAAAUUAUUCUAAAGUGAAGAGAUUUUAGAUGGGACGCCAAAGAGAAAAUAAUGUCUGACGUUUAGUAAGUUUCGCUUGUAUUGCUUUAAAUAUGGCGUCACUUUUAAAACUGAUAAUUGUAUAUAAUUGUGUAUUGAUAUAAUUGCCUUUUAGUCUGAAAACAUUAAAUCUGCAUGUGCAUUCAAUAUUGAGCGCACAAGAGCACGCUAAAUUUGGAUUGGAUGGACAAAAUAUGAGGCGACAGGUGUUAAAUAUGUGAAAGAGUAGAAGUAUCUACUAUCAAAAGUCAACUUUCUAGAGAUCUCCUUUUUACAUUAAUAAUUUCAAUUAAAUGUGUGUGCAUGCUGCCAUAUUUCUUGUCCCUCCAACCUGGCAUUCGCGCGACUAGAUCCAGGACUUUGGGAAAUGGCUAAUUUAAUCUCUUUGUUUCAGUUGUUAACGGAGAACAUUAUGCAUGACUGUGUAUUUAAACUGCUGCGUGCUGGCGACGAAGAAAGUUUGGAAAGCAUGUGCAUGCUACUGUUCAUCAUUGGCGAAGAUCUUGAUUCCGAUAAAGCCAAGGUAAUUCACUUUAUGUAUGGUUGGAAUUGAUGGUUGGAAAUGAAUGUGUGACUUUCAGAGCCCUCGGUGUAUUCAUGCAUGAAUUACAAUUCUGCGACUAAUCCGGUUUUGUAGUCGUGUGGCAGUAAGGGACAUUAGCUAAAGCUGUUGGAGCUAUAUCAGUUAUAUCUAUAGUAUGGCAAUAUAUAAAAGGAUGACUUUCACCAUUCUUCCAAUGGGAACAAUUUAGACACUAGAACUUAAUAGAGCUAUCUUGUAUAUUACUACAAUACAAUUAGAAAAAUGCACCUUUGGAAAGAGUUCUGUUGUGAGUAUUAUAUGUAUCUCACUCUGUUUUGCAAUCAUUUUAAUCAUAUAAACAACUUCAUUUUAGCCUCGAAUGGAGCAGUACUUCGAUCAGAUUAACAGGAUUAUAGCUGCUAAGAAAAUCUCAUCAAGAGUGAUAUUCAAGCUUCGUGAUGUGAUCGAGCUUCGUCAAAAUAAGUGGCUCUCUCGCCGGGAAGAAAAUUUUUAUCCCAAGACCAUUGAUCGGAUUCACAAAGAAGCACAAAUUGAGAAAAUGCUGGAACAAAGAUCAACAGGCCAGUUGCCCGCUAAGAAUAAUAAACACAAGAAAGUCAGGCCAGGUAAUAUUAUGGAAUAUAUAGCCCUUGGUAAAAUGCUAAAAUAGCUCAAGUAUAUCAGAACAAUGAGCGACUGAAUGGUACGAAUAACUGUGUGCUUUAAAAAACAAUGAAAAGACAAUUACCAUUCCGAUCAUUGAUAUGAAUCGUCAAUCGCGAUUAGAUGACACUGUUGUAAAGCGUCAUUUACACUUGCAAUUUUUGCUGCCAUUUCUUGUGCGAUAUGUAUACCAUUUUCUGACCAUCUCUUAUCACCAAUCUCUUACCCAGAGCAAUACCUGUGCGCGAGCUAGGAAGGCAUUGGCUCUGGGGGAAUAGAAUUUUCCCUGUGCUGUAAUUGGUUUAACGUUUAUCAAUAGUGCAUGCCGACAAAGUACCCAGACCCCUAAAUUUAGGGGUUCCGGUUGUCUAUUUCCCCAGAGCCAACUCCUUCCUAGCCCGCGCACAGGCAUUGCUCUGGGUCCUUAAUUGCUGGUUUAUAUUCAUCAGAAAAAGAGAAUCCCACAAAAAAUUCGCAGCAAAAAUUGAAAGUGUAAACGUCUGUUAAGUGUGUCGUUCGUUUAAAUUAAUUUCCUUUCUGGAAACCAAAAGCGGUUUGCUCACCUCCGGAAACAUGGUUAGGAAACAAUAUUUCUGCAACAACGUUCACUAGUUUGUCCUUAUCCAGGCUAGUAUUAAUAAUAAUAUGCAACAUUCACUGAUGUCUUACAAUAUUACAUUCACAGGGGGACGAGACUAUUCUAAGCCAACAUCAAAUGAUGGAUGGAUUGCCACUGGCAAGGGUGGAAUGUCUUUCCCUAUUCAUCAAAAUAAGCUGAGGAACAUGGCUAAGGUAAUAUCACAUAUAGAAUAAAUUUAAGUUAAUUUCACGUCAUCUAAGUUAAUUUCAAGUGAUCAAAACGUAACAAACAGGGACCGGUUGUACGAAGGACGGAUAUAGCGCUAUCCAUCAGAUUGUGCACGUGAUUUUUUCAACCGUUGUAAAAUGCUUGAAAAGCUGUAAAAAUACGGAGAUGAACGUCACAAUUAAUAAAAAGAAACUUUGAUUUGUAAAUACUUAAAGUUAAACUGGGUUAUACCAAUCAGCGGAUAAUUUUUAGAAACUUAAAGAAAUCAAGUGAAAAAACGCUUUCGUACAACGGCACAGGCUAGAUAGUCGACUGUCGUACAACAUAGGUGUUGAGGAAAUGAAUUCAGUCACUGGAAAGAGCAGCUGAAAAUUAGUAGGUAAACAAAUUUGUCUAUACAUUUUGUUAAAUCUUGAACUAAUAAUUAAGUUUAUUGCAGCGAGCGAAUAAUGAGGAAAUCUCUGUGGGUCCCAGUGGUCGGUUCGGACAGUGGGGUCGCGGCAACUCCGCUGGUUUGAAGAAUUCUUCACAAGAACAAGAUCAACCUCAGGCGAACAGAUUUUCGGCAUUAAGUAGUGGUGGCGGUGGUGGAGAUAUGCCAUCCAACCGUCCAUACGACCCCAGAAGGUCUAAUUCAGCUGGUUCAAGGUAAGGUUUCAGCCGUGGGUUUUCUUCGAAUGCUUCGGUUUUCUCCCACAGGCAAAGUUGGCAGGGAGGGCUAGAAUUGUUGUAAAAGAUAAUUAGUCUAGGCUAAGUAUAGAUAAUACAAGUAAGCGUAAUACUUGAUAUAAUCGGUCACUGAAAAGCCCCAUGCAUUGGAGAAUGAGCUGAAAAAUACUGUAUAAUAGUAAUAGUAAGACUAAGACUGAGGCUGAGAGUAACAGUAACAGUAUAACUGUAACAAUAACAGUAAUAGUGACGUAACUGUAUGUAACAGUAAUAGUAAUAGUAAUAGUAAUAGUAAUAGUAAUAGUAAUAGUAAUAGUAAAGGUGUUGUAUUUUUGAUAACUUAACAUGUAGAGCAGUGGACUAGAUUACUAAAGGUUGAGAUUUGAAAUCUCGUGUGCAAAUAUGAAGGUAGCCUGCGUACGUAGCAGUUGCUUUAAAUUAAGCGAUUGCUACGCAGGCUACCUUUAUAUAUAAGCACACGAGAUUUAGGCAGUAGACUAGAUUCUUGAAGGUUGAGAGUUUAUAUAAGCACACGAGAUUUAGGCAGUAGACUAGAUUCUUGAAGGUUGAGAGUUCAAAUCUUCUCGCGUACUUAUAAAGGAAAAUAACUGACAAACAAUCUCUGUAGGCUUGAUAACUUAAGUGGUGGACUAGAUUUUUGACGGUUGAGAGUUUAAAUCUCGUAGGGAUAAGAAUUCACCACCAAUCUCUGUAGGCUUGACAGCUGACAGCUUCUCAUGUAGAGCAGUGGACUAUAGGCCUGAUAGCCCAAGAAGUUCGAAGUUACUUGAUAGCAGUGUUGUAACGAGUCGAGUCAUUGACUCUGACUCGAGUCAACUCGAGUCGUUAUUUUCAGCGACUCGACUCGAGUCCAAUACGAAAAAUGACUCGACUCGACUCGAGUCAACAGCCCCAAAUGACUCGACUCGGACUGGACUUGCUCAUUUUGCCGUAAAUGACUCGAGUCAACUCAUCUACAACUUGUACAGAGUAAAUUCAUCGCAAUUAUUGUGAUUGUAUUGCUUGGGAAGAACAAUAUGAGCCCUGUAAACAAUGAGAACUUCGAAACUUUAUCAGAAAAUAUAUGGGAUUUGCAUAGAAUAUAUUCCUGACGGGCAUACUUAUAUUACAUUUCUGUUUUUAGAAACAACGCUAGUGCCACAGUUUUUUUAAAAUUAAGUCUCAAAAUGUUUUGUACUUAUACUAAUUCUGACAGGCUAUUUUCAUUUUUGGUAUUUAUGAAGGGCUAUAUAAUUUCAAAUCAACUUACAAAGCGUUGUUAAUUAAAGUCUAUUCUUUAUUAAUUCUGACUCCAGUUGCAAGUUUUGCUAGUUGUAUGUACGUACACUCGAUCAGCAGGUAUGAUGAGACAUCUCACGUGGUUGACUGGAACUGUGAUAAUAUUGGCACAGCCUAUAGCUGCCCAGAUACUGUUAUUAAUUUAAAUGACUAAAGUAAUUAGUUUAAAACGCAAAUUUGAUUACUAAUUUCCGACAGCAAGCUAGGGUAGCUCAAGUAAAGUCUAGAAAUUGACUCGACUUGACUUAAAUCAGUGACUCGACUUGACUCGAGUGAAGCCGCUGACUCGACUCGACUCGAGUGAAGCCACUGACUCGACUCGACUUGAUCAAAAACUGAAAUGACUCGACUCGACUCGUGACUCGACCUUUGAGUGACUCGACUCGACUCGUGACUCGACCUAUAGGUGACUCGUUACAACACUGCUUGAUAGACUUUCACAUUUUUAGGCCUUCGUCUGGUGGCUCACGGGGAAGUGAUAAAAGUCGG